AUGGCUCAAACAUUUCCAUUGACAGUUUCACCAGUGUCCAUUGACAAUUCCUGUUGUGGUGGUUACUCUUUGCAGAAGAAUAAAGUGCAUCUGUCCAAGGGCCUCUUAAUAAUACCAAGCACCCUCUCACUGCUGCUGGCUCUGCUUUUUCAACAUUAUCAAAAGUUCUUCGUAUAUAAUCUGCAAGCAGUGAAAGAAGAAUUUCAGGUCUGGAGGCUGGUCUGUGGGAGAACCGUAUGUCUUGAUCUCAAAGACACAUUCUGCAGCAGCUUGCUAAUUUAUAACUUUAGGAUAUUUGAAAGGAGGUAUGGCAGCAGAAAAUUUUCAUCUUUUCUGCUAGGUUCCUGGAUGCUGUCAGUAUUGUUUGAUCUUCUCCUUGUAGAAGUUGUUGAAUAUUCUUUUGACGUCUCUAUCAACAGCUUGCCUUCAGGACUCUUGGGCCCUAUAUUUGCUCUUUUUAUACCAUUUUAUUGCUCCAUUCCAAGAGUGCAAGUGACACAAAUUCUAGGCCAGUUUUCCAUCACAAACAAGACACUGGUCUAUAUAUUGGGUUUGCAGCUUUUGACUUCAGGGUCCUAUAUCUGGAUUGUUGCUUUAAGUGGGCUGAUUUCUGGAAUGUGCUACAGCAGCCGUGUGUUAAAAGUGUACCGUGUACUUUGUGUGCCCAGCGGAAUGGCAAGAAUAUUUGCUUGGACUCUUGAGCCACUUUUCUCAUCUGCGGAGCCAUCCAAUGAAAUCAGAGUUGGAAUGGGAGCCACUGUGGACAUACAGAGGCAACAGAGAAUGGAGCUUCUGGAUCGGCAGAUCUUGAUGUCUCAGUUUGCCCAGAUAAGGAGGCAAAGACAGCAGCAGGGUGGGAUGAUUAACUGGAACCGUCUCUUUCCUCCUUUACGUCGUCGACGUGAUGCAAACUAUCAGGAUAAUCGGCAGACAGAACAUGAGGGGCUGCCUCCAGCUGAAGUGUCUGAAGAACAGGUUGCACGGCUCAUGGAAAUGGGAUUUUCCCGGACAGAUGCCUUGGAAGCUUUGAGAGCUUCAAAUAAUGACCUUAACGUAGCUACCAACUUUCUACUCCAGCACUAAUGAGUGCCUGCAACGACGAACUUUAAGCAAUACUUGAAGCAAGCUGCCCAAAGGAGGACCACAGCUACCUGCUGGAUAGACUCCUGAAGGUUUAAGUAACUAAGAAGAAGCUCUUGUCCUGUGGGAGACAUCAGAAGAGCAGUGAUGUAUGGCCCUAAAAAUACGUGCCCCUGGAAGGGGAUACUGACUGGCCGGAUUUCACUUGGAAAGUACUGCCACCAUGUUAUAGCUUCAAUAUUUAUUUUGGAAAGCUGGGUGUUGUUUCAAAGCAUGAAGUCUACGAGCAUUCCUAGUAACUAGGAGAUGGGAGAAGGCGGGAAAGCUUGGCGGGGGGAGACGGAGGCUCCUUUUGCCAAACUUACAGGAUUCUUUUCUCUUGUAUUACGAUCCUUUUUUUCUAAUCAUAAAUAUUUUUGAAUACGGCAUUUCUUUCAUCGGCUUUGUCACAGCUCUAAGAAAUGUUCAGAACUACCUGGGCAUGUGAUUUCAAUAAAGGAAGAGAGUGGUCUGCUGUAUCAUUCUUGGAAGGGUUCUGUUCAUGUAUAUCAGGGGAAAGGUUCUUCUCCAUUCUCUAUUUUUUUCCUUUAAAAAAAGGGGGAUAAUAAGGUAACUUGAAUACUGGCAAGUUAUAUUAAGCAGCCAUAUAUGAUUUGAGUUUGAGGUUGCUUCCAAAGGACUCUGACUGGAGCUUCACUUACAGAACUAAUCGUUCCAACCUCCCCCUUCCCACGACAGGUCAUGUGCUCCUGAAUAUACUUGGGGGGGGCUAGGGGGACCCUGUAUUGGCCCCAUCUUUGCUAAUUGCUCUGAGUCUCUUGGGAGAGGACAGCAUGAACUGCUCUCGGGGGAACAUUCCCACUUUCAUGCUUGUCAGCAAAGCCUUAUCUGCAAGGCCUGGGUUGUUCCGCCCGCCCCCUCCCCUGGAAGCCAGGUGCAAGAUGGCCUGGCUUAUCCUAGUGUUUGGGACAACUUGAUUCAUCAUUCUUUGGGCUCACAGCCAGCCUUUAGGGUCUAAGGCACCUAGCUCUAGCUAUGCUCUUUGUCUCGAGGGUGUGGCUAAGCUCUACUGCGUGUGCGCGCGCACAUCUCAAGGCCAGCUGAUUGGAGCUCAGUCUUGAAUCUGCUUUGAUAACUCUGAUGCGUUAUUAAAGCUCUGCUCUUAACUAAACGUGGAUCUCUCGUGUCAGUUCUUUGGGAACUUCUGCGAACCUAUGGAGCCCGUGGCCAGGGUCCAUAACAGAUCCUCAGGAACAGUUUGGGGUGUAGUGGUGGAAGUCUGCAAUGGGAGGCAAGGAUUGGCAAAAAUGGCCCCCUUCUUCCACCAGCUGAUGAUGACUUUGGA